AUGGGCGUGGGCGGGAGCUUCUGGGACCUGCUGAAGCCGUACGCGCGGCAGGAGGGCCCGGGGUUCCUCCGCGGCCGCCGCGUCGCCGUCGACCUCUCCUUCUGGAUCGUCUCCCACAGCACCGCCAUCCGGGCGCGCUCCCCGCACGCGCGCCACCCCCACAUCCGCACCACCUUCUUCCGGACGCUCGCCCUCUUCUCCAAGAUGGGGGCUUUCCCGGUAUUCGUGGUGGACGGCCAGCCGUCGCCGCUCAAGUCGCAGGCCAGGGCCGCACGCUUCUUCCGGGGCUCCGGGAUUGACGUGGCGGCGUCGACGAGCGCACAGCCGGAAGGGGAGGCCAGUGUCCCUGCGCCGGCCAAGAGGAGGAAUGCUUUGUUCUCGCGAUACGUCAAGGACUGUGUGGAACUGCUGGGAUAUCUUGGAAUGCCAGUAUUGCAGGCAAAGGGUGAAGCGGAAGCCCUUUGCGCGCAGUUGAAUAAUGAGGGUGAAGUGGCCGCAUGUAUUACGUCGGACAGCGAUGCUUUCCUCUUUGGAGCAAAGACUGUCAUCAAAGUGCUCAGAUCGAAUUGUAAGGAACCUUUUGAGUGCUACAAUAUAGCAGACAUUGAGUCUGGCAUUGGAUUGAAGAGGAAACAAAUGGUAGCCAUGGCACUUCUUAUUGGCUGUGACCAUGAUUUGCAAGGGGUGCCUGGUUUUGGUGUUGAGACCGCACUUCGGUUUGUGCAGUUAUUUGAUGAAGAUCGUAUUUUAGAUAAAUUACAUGAAAUUGGUAGAGGAAUUUAUCCAUUCGCAGAAGGAGAUGACAAGACCAAUGUUGAUGAUCUACAGUCGACAUCCACAAAGAGCCCAGCAGUUGCGAGAUCGCCUCACUGCUCACACUGCGGUCACCCUGGCAGCAAGAAAGAUCAUACCAAGACUGGGUGCAAUUAUUGCUUGUUGGAUUCAUUAGAACAUUGCGUGGAAAAACCAGCUGGUUUCAAAUGUGAAUGUCCUAAUUGUGACCAGGCACGUGACCUGAAAGCACAGAGGAGACAUGAGAAUUGGCAAAUCAAGGUCUGCAAAAGAUUAGCUGCUGAGACAAAUUUCCCAAAUGAGGAGAUAAUUAAACUAUAUCUUUGCGAUGACAAUUUGGAUACAGAAAGUGGUGUUCCGUUGUUUGUGUGGAAUGAGCCUAACGUUGAGGCUUUGGUUGACAUGCUAAAAUAUACACAGAACUGGGAGCCAUCAUAUAUCCGACAGCACAUGCUCCCUAUGCUAUCAACCAUAUAUUUACGUGAAAUGGCUUCGUCUCCAUGUAAAUCAUUGCUUCUCUGUGACCAGUACGAAUUCCAUUCAAUUCAACGGAUUAAGAUAAGAUAUGGCCACCCUUAUUACUUGGUCAAAUGGAAUAGGGUCACUCGUGGUAUGGUUUCUGGUGAUGUAUCUGACAAGAAGCCAGAAUUAGAUGGUGAGAGUGAGGCUGAGGUGAUUAUUUUAGACGAUGAUGAUGACGAGGAGGAGGCAACUGUGAAUUGUGAGUCUACUGACUCAUUGGAUGAUCCAGAACUGCCACAAGUACUCAGGGACGAUAACGGCACCUUUCUGUUGACUGAUGAAGAUAUCCAGCUCGUGGAUGCCGCAUUUCCUAAUGAAGCACAGCGGUUUCAGGCCCAACAGAGGCUCAAAGAAGAGAAAUCAAGGUCACGGAAAUCCAAGGCAAUCAGCACGUUGGAGACGCCAAGAGGGCCGAGACCCAGCGGGGUGCAGCUCAGCAUCAAGGAGUUCUACCGCUCGAAGAAGGGAGCAGGAGAUGAAGCCGCGGGGAAGAAGCCGCAGGCCGAAGCGGGCCAGUCGUCGAAACCCGGCUCGAGAAAAGCCUCGCCCGUGGACCUGAACAAAAAAAUUCCCAAGUCCCUGCGACGUCGGCUGCUGUUCGACUGAAACAACCCGACACGCCCUGACUGACUGGCCAUGCUGCCACUGCUGUACAUGCUCCUUUGAUUGUGUUAACGUUUCUUUUGGGGGUCUUUUUAGGUGUAAAUUUAAGUUAGGUAGCCCUUUUUUUCUGUAUAGCAAACAGGUAAUCUUUAUUGUAGGAAAAAGAGAGAACUAGUUUGUUUAACUUGAGCGUUGCAACCUGACCUGAUGUGUCUGUAAUUACCUAUUGUUGAUGCUAAUUUUGUUUGUUGAGCUGGAAUGCAAUAGACGUCUGACUGUAAUAAAUCCAUGAAGCAAGAAUAUGUAGAGGCUUUGGAACAAACUGAA